AGGAAGCUGCGAUCAACAUAGGCAGGGCGUCUGAGCCUAAACAAGGACAAAGUGAUCACGGUAUCAAUGCUCUAACAAUGGAUUUAGCAGAUAUGCAUGUCGUCAAAUUCUUCUGUUUCGUCUACUUAAUAAAUUACACCCAGGGUUAUCAUUAUGGGAACCCCCUGAACAAGUAUGUGCGUCACUACGAGGGUCUGUCCUAUAACACCUAUGAGUUACAGGACAAGCACCUGAGAGCCAAGAGGGCCCUCCACCACCAAGACACAUUUCUCCAUCUAGACUUCCACGCACACGGAAGACAUUUUAACCUGAGGAUGAAGAGAGAUACCAGUCUGUUUGCUGAGGACCUGAAGGUAGACAUGGGAGGACAGGAGGUGAACUAUGACACCUCUCAUAUCUACACUGGAGAAAUAUAUGGUGAGAAAGGUACCCUGAGCCAUGGGUCUGUGGUGGAUGGGAAGUUUGAGGGCUUCAUCCAGACGUACCAGGGGACGUUCUACGUAGAGCCAGCUGAGCGAUACCUGAAGGACCGGGACGUUCCCUUCCAUUCAGUUAUCUACCACGAGGACGACAUCAAUUACCCCCACAAGUAUGGUCCAGAGGGGGGCUGUGCCGACCACUCUGUGUUUGAGAGGAUGAAGAAAUACCAGGCCACCGCCAUGGAGGAGCCAAACAAGAAGCUCCAUGCAGAGGAGGCGUCCAGUGACCCGGUGUUGCUGAGGAAGAGGAGGACGGCUCAGAUAGAGAAGAACACCUGUCAACUCUUCAUCCAGACAGACCACCUCUUCUUCAAGUACUACAAGACCAGGGAGGCUGUCAUCGCACAGAUCUCUAGUCACAUCAAGGCUAUUGAUGCCAUCUACCAGGGAACAGACUUCAUGGGUAUCCGGAACAUCAGCUUUAUGGUCAAGAGGAUACGGAUCAACACUACUACAGAUGAGAGGGACCGGUCCAACCCUUUCCGCUUCGCUAACAUCGGCGUGGAGAAGUUCCUGGAGCUGAACUCUGAGCAGAACCAUGAUGACUACUGUCUGGCCUACGUCUUCACUGACAGGGACUUUGAUGAUGGUGUGCUGGGUCUGGCCUGGGUUGGAGCUCCUGCAGGGAGUUCUGGAGGGAUCUGUGAGAAGAGUAAGCUGUACUCUGACGGGAAGAAGAAGUCCCUGAAUACCGGCAUCAUCACUGUUCAGAACUACGCCUCCCAUGUCCCUCCGAAGGUCUCGCACAUCACCUUUGCCCACGAGGUGGGACACAACUUUGGCUCGCCGCAUGACUCGGGGUCAGAGUGCACCCCAGGGGAGUCGAAGACCCAGGAUAAGAAGGAGAAGGGGAACUACAUCAUGUACGCCCGGGCCACAUCAGGAGACAAGCUCAACAACAACAAGUUCUCCGUCUGUAGCGUCAGGAACAUCAGCCAGGUCCUGGAGAAGAAGAGGGGAAGCUGCUUUGUCGAGUCAGGCCAGCCCAUCUGUGGUAAUGGGUUAGUGGAGCCAGGGGAGGAGUGUGACUGUGGAUACAGCGAUCAGUGCAGAGACCAGUGUUGCUAUGACGCCGACCAGCCUGACAACAGGAAGUGUAAACUAAAACCCAACAAAGUCUGCAGUCCCAGCCAGGGCCCGUGCUGUACUCCUGAGUGCUACUAUAAGGGCCGGAAUGAGAAGUGUCGUGAGGAGUCUGAGUGUGCUCAUCAGGGCAUGUGUAACGGGGGUACGGCCCAGUGCCCCACCUCUGAACCCAAGGCCAACUUCACCGCCUGCCACGGAGAAACUCAAGUGUGCCUCAACGGGGGCUGUUCUGGCUCCAUCUGUGAGAAGUAUGGUCUGGAGGUCUGUACCUGUGCCAGCGUGGAGGGCAAGGACGAGACUGACGAGCUGUGCCACGUUUGCUGUAGUGAGAAAAUGAACCCCAACACCUGCAGCAGUACGGGUUCAGAGAAGCUGGCCCGGUUCUUCAAUAAGAAAGUCACCACGCUGCCCGCGGGGUCUCCCUGCAACGACUUCAAGGGCUACUGUGACGUGUUCAUGAGGUGUCGGCUGGUGGACGCGGACGGCCCUCUGGCCAGACUGAAGAAGGCCAUCUUCAACCCUGAGCUCUAUGAGAACAUUGCAGAGUGGAUAGUGGCUCACUGGUGGGCAGUGUUGUUGAUGGGCAUCGCUCUGAUCAUGUUGAUGGCUGGCUUCAUUAAGAUCUGUAGUGUCCACACCCCUUCCAGCAAUCCCAAACUGCCUCCACCCAAACCACUACCAGGCACGCUAAAGAGGAGGAGAGCCCAGCAGCACGCACGGGACGCCCGAGACGCCCAGGUGCACCAGUCCCAGUCCCACCACGGAGGUGGAGAUCACGGCCAGCACCACCCAGUCUCCGGAGGCCAGCGGCAGCAGCCCUCACGCCAGGCCCAGCCACAACCCCAGCCUCAGAGGCAUCACCGCAGCCAGGGCCAGCCUAGAGAAAACUACCAGAUGGGUCAGAUGAGACGCUGAGCUGUUGAGACACUGGGGCUCGGGGUGGGACCGCUCGGGGUGGGACCGCUAGGUCCGCUGCUCCUUCCAUCGACUGCUCCUUGCCUUGGCUCCUCCACGUGCCUAUCUAUGUAACUGGUGGGACUGGGAUUUGAACCGAUUUGUGGGAUUUUAAUCCGGGUCUCCACAGGGUGGGAAUCUGAUGUCCUAACCAUUUAGAUCAACAGGAUUUUCUUAGCUUUUUCUUGAUUAGGAUCGAUGGAAUCAAGGGAAAGGGAAUCACACUUUAGUUUUGACACGUUUUUUUGGGGGGGGGGAUUUCCUCUUGGUCUAAUGGUUACGGUGUUGGGUUGCCACGUGGGAGGACCUGGGUUCGAAUCCCACCGGUUUACACCUAACAGUAGGAUAAAACACUUGCUUCAGUCCUUCCAAAGAACAGCCUAAACUGGUUGUUUACCAUCCUCAUACCCUCCAUCUACAAACAAAACAGAGUUGAGAAAGUGAGAAUAAACGGACCCCCCCACCCCCUCCAACGACCACCACUGACUAGAGCCUGCAGCACGGCUGACCUCUUCAGUCUUGUUUUCUGUGGCUCUCUAUGUGCAGUGGAAUCCACCAUCAGUCAUUUUGUUUGACCAUCCACCAUUUUGUUUUGUGGAGUGGAAGUGACCAUCCACCGUUUUUUGUUUUGUGGAGUGGAAGUGACCAUCCACCAUUUUGUUUUUUUUUGUGGAGUGGAAGUGACCAGCCACCAUUUUGUUUUUUUUGUGGAGUGGAAGUCACCAUCCACCAUUUUGUUUUGUGGAGUGGAAGUCACCAUCCACCAUUUUGUUUUGUGGAGUGGAAGUCACCAUCCACCAUUUUGUUUUGUGGAGUGGAAGUCACCAUCCACCAUUUUUUUUUUUUUUUUUUUGGAGUGGAAGUGACCAUUGGCCAUUUCCAAUGCAGUAGGUCUUCGGUCUGCCUCUUUUUCCCACCAAAUCUUUCUUUCAAUGGAGUGCCAACGAGUGGACGAAUGGAAUGGUUUCAUCACGUGUAGCUUUACUACCUUCGGUCAUGUUUUUUCUUUCGAUUUGUAAAGUACCUCCUCUUCGAGUGAGAACACCCAUGUGAUCCGUGGCUCCUGGUUGGUUGAAAUGUUUUGUCAGCCAUAGUAGCCAGGAAAUGAAGUGAAAAACACUCGGAGGAGAUUUGCUGUACUUGUGACUAAAACACAACGUUUCAAACAAAACUGGGAAAAGAGACGAAGCUCUUCUCUUGGUUUCUCCAUGUAGACUGACUGUCUUCUGCAUGUGAUUGUACAGAUUUCAGUGUAACAUAAGUGAAAAAACUCAACUAUUUCUUCUACUGUAAAUGUACGUAUGAUUCUUUACUGUGUUUUUGGGUUAGUACUGUACUCUCAGGACAGUAACACAAAUGAAGAUAUCUGGAAUAGUAAAUGGACAGCAUUUCACCAAUCACGUUCUUCUUUUUCUGCAGUGAUGGAAUCACAUGGAUGGAAUUCUCUAUGGCGUUGUGUUUAGGGUCCGGUUGCUAGAUGCUAGGUUCCAAGGAUUGAACAAAAAGGUCACCACCAUUUUCCCACUACUUCUCACCUUUGACCUUUUAUGACUUUGAAGGUCUCCAAGAUCUCUUCAUCGGGUAACGACUUGUUCUGAUCACGUCAUGAUGACAUCAUGAUUAACGACUUGUUCCGAUCACGUCAUGAUGACAUCACGUUGUAACAACUUGUUCUGAUGACAUCAUGAUGUAACGGCUUGUUCUGAUGACAUCACGAUGUAACGACUUGUUCUGAUGACAUCACGAUGUAACGACUUGUUCUGAUCACGUCACGAUGACAUCACGAUGUAACGACUUGUUCUGAUCACGUCACGAUGACAUCACGUUGUAACAACUUGUUCUGAUGACAUCAUGAUGUAACGACUUGUUCUGAUGACAUCACGAUGUAACGACUUGUUCUGAUCACGUCACGAUGACAUCACGAUGUAACGACUUGUUCUGAUCACGUCACGAUGACAUCACGAUGUAACGACUUGUUCUGAUCACGUCACGAUGUAAUGAUUCUGGAUAGAAGAAUCAGGGGAAAGAAAGGAAAGGGAACUUCAUUUUUAGUUUUUGCACACUUCUUCUUUUUCUUGAUAUGUUUUGAUGCAGAAGAAUAGAACAAAUAACCACUAAUGGAAAGCUGAUGAUUCUGCCUGUUAUAUUAGGUCAGUGAUGCGUUUUUUUUUUUAAGAGACAUUUUAUGGCAAGCAUUCAAAAUGGCACCCUAUUCACUAUUUAGCCCUAUGCACCCUGGUCAAAAGUAGUGCACUAUAUAGGGUUUAGGGUGCCAUUUCGGACAUACACUUACUUUAGUACGGAGUGCAUUAAUAGUAUCAAAUUGCUAGGUUUAUGUGAGUGUGGAAAAUAAAUACAAAAACAAUUCCAGAAUGGAUGGAAGAAAAAAAAAACAUUUGAGUACAAUUGAUAUCAAACUCUUCAUUUUCAAUGUGGGCAUGGAGUCAUGAUUUUUUAAUUUUUUUUUUAAUAUGACUACAGUUGAUUUGACAAAAGAUCUGUACUAAGUUGUCUGUUACGUAAUUGAUCACAACCGAUAACUUGCCAAUGAUGGCUGGUGUUGACUAGUUUGGGUCUGUAGUUCAGACAGCAGGGGGAGGAGUUAUUCCAAGAUGGUGGCACUUUCAAACUAACACUAACACUAUGUAUAGAGCUAGAAUCUGGAUUGAAUGGUCUUCCAUCCUGAAAACAAUGUGUGUGGAGGCCUGGAUUGGGUUCAUUAGGCAUCAAACGGAAGAAAACGGACUGCAACACGGAAGGGCCUACCUGGAUUUGUCUUAAAAAAAAAAGAAGCGUUAAUUUUCUUUUUUUCCCGUUACAAAAUGUUUUGAAAGACGUUUUCUGCUGUGUGCCCUAAUGAAGACGACCCUGUUGUGUUGCUCCUCUGUGUCCUUUACCGAGGUGAAGACUGUGGGCUUUUUACAUUUAACAUUGGUGUGCCAUACAUGUCUUUGUACUUGUGGGCGAACGAGUCAUAUCGUUUUAUGAAUGAGUCACAUCUUUUUUUUUAUCAUUACCUUCUAUGUAGGAAAAGCCAGUAGGAAGGUCUCUAAAAGCCAUGCACUAGUUUGAAUGGAUGAAUGGAAGCCACAUAGCCUGGACCCAGACCUACUACUGCUGUCUGGCCAACUCCUAUGGUAAUUGUCAUGCCAAACAGUGAUUUGACUAUGAUUAUUAUUAUUUUUUUGCAUAGGAGUUGGCCAGACAAACAGAUGUGGGGGUCCUGGAUAGAAGUGUCAGGUUUUUUGAGGAGAUAGAGACUACGAGACAGUAGUACUAGGUGUUUGCUCCUGCUCUUUUAAUACUACAACGACGGUAGGCUGGGUUGAUGUGGAACAGCAUUUGGAACAUAGCCUAGAUCACGUAAACAACUUCAAAGCUAACCCCAACCAUACUGUUCUGGGUCAAAUCUGUUCUUUUCAACACUAUCAUGCUGACCCCAACCAUACUGUUCUGGGUCAUUUCCAGCAUGGUUCCAGCAGCUAUGGUUUAAUGUGUAACCAGGCCAGGGCAGUAUAACUUGGUUUGGCUCGGUUCAGCUCGGUAUUGUGAGAAGGGUAAUGGACUCUGUUGUGGACUUAGACGUUUGUCUGUCUUCCAUUGAGUCCUGUAUUUAGCUGAAUAACUGGGAGACUGGUCGCUAAAUGGUUCAUGAAGGGAGCUGUUUUAAUGAGAAAAUGUCUGACCAGCUAGCACACUCACAGUACACUAAGCCAGACUUUUUUUCUUCUUCCUGUAAACUUGUACAGUAGUUGGAGAAUUUUAAGAGUUUUAAUUUGAAAAUAAAAAAAUAAAGAUUUUUGAAAUCGAGGAAAAACUGUUCAGAAACAAAACAUCCCCCUCCUCAAAAACCUUCUCAGUAACACUUGAUUUUUGAAGGGAACCUUCGUAAGUAUUUUAUAACAUUCAUAAACCGUACAUAAAACAUUCAUAAGCAGUACAUAAGUAUUUCAUAGGAGACGUAAUGUAUUAAAUGCUUACACCACUGAUUAUGAAUGUGUUAUAACAUCUCAUGUAGGUACCCUUUAAAUAAAGUGUUACCAACCUCCCUGGGUUGUUCUCUUAUCUAUGCUAGUUGAAAUGGGAUUAGUUUUAAAUAUAAUUUACAUUAAUUCUCCACCAUCAUGAAAAUGGUUAUAAAAAAAAUUAAAAAGUCGGUGUGAUGGA